AUGGAAGGAGAUCAAAGAGGGGUUCCGAGUUAUGAAGUUCAGAUUUCGUUUUCGAGCACCCCAAACCCUCAACAAUCGAUCCACGAAAUGGGGUUUGUGCAGUUCGAAGAUCAUCAUCCUCAUCAUAAUCAGGUUUUGAGCUUCAUGGCCCCAUCAUCACAUAUACAGCAGCAGCAGCCUAACAAUUCUCAUCACCCUCAUCAUCAUCAGCCAGCUGAGCUCAGCAGCGGUGCCUCCGCCGCCACCACCACCACCAGCAACGGGGUUACCGUGGGGUUUAGUACUCAUACUGACCUACUUGUUGCAAGACCUUCUUGGAAUAAUAGUAACGACCAGGUGGGAACGUUGGAUCCAAAGGCUAUUAGUGAUGAAAAUGGGACUGGUAAUGCUAGUGAUUGCAGCAACUCAUGGUGGAGGAGCUCAAGCUCAGAGAAGAGCAAGAUGAAGGUGAGGAGAAAGCUUAGGGAGCCAAGAUUCUGUUUCCAAACCAGAAGUGAUGUGGAUGUGCUUGAUGAUGGUUACAAAUGGAGGAAAUAUGGCCAGAAAGUUGUCAAGAACAGCCUUCAUCCUAGAGGUCCAGAAUGUGUAUAUGGUUUGCACCAACUUUCAACUUUUUUUAUACAAGCCAUAUUAGGAGGGAAGAAACGAACCUAA